GCAGUUUCCCCGCGUUGCGUGCUUCCCGGUUGAGUCAUUCGGUUUGUUAGUGCCAACAAGCCAAGGAACCAACUUCUCUCGUCCUUGCGAUGACAUACCGAAGACCUUCAAAUCGAGACGCUUCCCGUGAAGUUGUCUGUAGGACCCUAUCCUGACUUGAUCUAUUUUCAGACCACCUGUCAUACCAAUAGAAUUGGACACGGCACAUUUCUUACUCUUUGCCCAUCAACCCAUCUAGCAACCGGAUUGUGUCAUUGUUUUCGCCCCUCAUUAGCCAAUUGAAUGAUAGUUUCGCACCGUCUGUAAGUCUUGUUCCCACUUUUGUCGUAUCGGCUUCGGCUUUGGCCUCCCACCGGACCUUUAUGCCAUCCGCCAGACACCACAUGACUACUUCCCCAUGAUCUCGUUGAACCUUGGACUAACAAACUUACAAGCCUCCAACAACACUUGGAAAUCCCGGAACAAUGUCUAAGCCACAAUUUCGUAUCCGCCCAGGAACCUCUGCCGACACGGCAGCCAUCGUAGACGUCUACAUGGCCGCCUUCGGCAACGACUGGGCCGUCGACAAGAUGCACCCCCGACGCCGCGAGUUUCCCGAGGACUGGCGCGCUGCCGCCCACCGCUACUUCUACGCGCGCUAUUGGGGCCCCGAGCAGCAGCUCUUCCACGUCCUCACCGUCCCUGACCCGGACUCAGCCUCCGGCGAGCGCGUCGCCGCGUUCAGCUGGUGGCGGCGCCCCUACCCCACCCCGGCCGAGAAGGCCGCGACCGAGGGCUACCUCACCCUCCGCGGCUGGCUGAAGCCCAUCUUGCUCGGCAUCAACUCCCUCACGGAUUACCUCUGGCCUCCGAGGUCUCUCGACCCGGCCAUGCUCACCAUCUUUGACGACACGCACAUCGCCUCGGACGUGCUGACGCAGGACCCGGAAUACCCGGCGCGCAAGACGGCGUGGUACCUUUCGACGCUGGCGGUGGCGCCUGGCGACCAGGGGAACGGGUUCGGGUCGCUGCUCGUCCGGGAGGGCCUGGCGCAGGUGGACAAGGAGGGCGUGCCGGCGUGGCUUAUCGGGCUUGUCGGGGUUGAGCCGUUCUAUCAGAGGCUCGGGUUUGUCGUCAAGGGGCGGGCGAAUGUGGGGAGGCUUGCGGAGUGGGAUGGCGGGUCAAUUAUGUUUAGGGAGUAA